AUGCCGGCCGUCAGAGCCCUCUUCGCCGGUGCCUGCAACGGCAGCAUCGAUGCCCUGUUCAAGCGUGCGAGCGCUGUAAAUGCCUCCAAUGGUCCCUUCGACCUGCUGAUCUGCGUGGGCCAGUUCUUCGGUGCUGCAGGUCCAGAUGACGGAGAGUACCAGGGUCCGCUGCUGGAGUAUCUGACGGGAGGCAAGGCAGCGCCCCUGCCCACCUACUUCAUGGGUGGCUGGGGCGGGGGGGCGGUCUCCGUCCUGGAGGCCAUCUCGGCCGUGCCGGAGAGCAACAUCCACUACCUCGGCCGCGCCGGGGUCAAGGAGGUGAAGGGCCUCACCCUGGCCUAUCUGGACGGGACACACAAUGCGGCUGCCUUCCGAGAGGUGCCAGACAACUCCGGAUCUGCUCGGUACUACACCGAGGCUGACAUCAAGCUCCUCCAGCACAGCCUGAGUUUGCAGGGUGACAUCGACGUCCUGCUGACCAAUGAAUGGCCAGAGGGCCUGGCUGAGGGGCUGCCAGAGGGUGUGGCGCCCCCAGACUCGCACGGCUCGCCAGUCAUUGCUGAGCUGGCGAUGACGGCCCGGCCGCGAUACCACGUCGCCGCCGGCAAGCCCACCUUCUUCGCUCGCCCACCCUACCUCAAUGCGGACCUGGGGGCCGGGGCGCAUGUCACGCGCUUCAUCGGACUGGCCCAGGUCGGCAAUGGGGCCAAGCAGAAGUGGCUGCACGCCCUGGCCUUGACCCCCGCAGCGGAGAUGACCCCGGAGGCCCUCCAGGUGCAACCCCCCGGGUCGACGGGGAACCCUUUCCAGGCAGCUGCGGCCAAGCGCCUGAAGAGGGCCGCGAGGGAUGCGGGGCCCGGCACCGACCUCGGGUCCCAGGACUGGAGGUGGCAGGAGCAGAAGAAGGCGCGGCAGAUCAUGGCAGCACCCAGUCGGCCCGACAUCAUCAAAGACAAGCACAAGACGAUAUUUGUGAGGAACGUCCCCUUUGCUGCCACCGAGGAGGCCCUCGUCGAGUUUUUUGCACAGGCUGGCAGGGUGGUGGAUGUCGUGCGCCGAAGCAACGCAGAAGGGCGGCUCAACACAUGGUGCCACAUCCAGUUUGACACGAAGGAGGGCAUGGAGAAGGCAUGCCAGCUCAAUGGAUCCGAGCUCAUGGGGCGACAGCUGGGAAUCGACGCCGCCGCCACCGGCCCCAGGGCCGGAACCGGGAAGCCCGUGGAGGGCUGCUGGUUCUGCCUCUCCAACGCCAAUGCAGACAUAGACCUGGUGGUCAGCGUUGGAGAGGAGUCCUACGUGGCCGUCGACAAGGGCGCCAUCACCGACGAGCAUGUCCUUGUCGUCAGCGUGGAGCACUUCCCCAGCAGCCAGUCGCUCAGCAUCGACUGCUAUGCCGAGAUCAGGAGGUACUGGGGCGCGCUCGACAGGUGUGCAGCGGCAGGCGGCCGGCAGCUGGUGGGCUUCGAGCGGUACAUGGCUCUGAGGAAGAGCGGGGGCAACCACUGCCACAUCAACGCCCUGGCCGUCAGCGCCGAGGCCGCGGCCAGGGCUCGCCAGGUCUUCGAGGACCGGGCAAAGGCUGCGGGGUUCAGCCUCACCCACGUCCCCGCUGCCGCCGGCGAGGCUGCACGAGCCGCGCUGCGGGACGUGGUGGGGGAUGGCGAGUACUUCCAGGCUUUCCUCCCAGAUGGCUCCUCCCUCGUGCAUCCCAUAGCCUUUGGCGAGCGCCACCCCCUGAACUAUGGGCGGGAGGUCCUGGCCGAGCUGGCGGGGGUGCCCGAUCGGGCCGAGUGGAAGGCGUGCGCCGUCCCCGUGGAGGAGGAGCGGCGGCGGUCGGAGGCCUUCAAGGCCCUCUUCAAGCCGCACGACAUCAUGGGCGUGCAGGAGUGA